AUGGAUGCAAAAAUAACUUUGAAGGAUGAUCUUAAAGGUAUAUUUCCCACAUGCAUGGAUGAUUUUGACACACAUUCAAGGCAUGUAGAAAAAAUUAAUGUAGGAAAAAAUGAAAAUACGUGCAUUGUUAUUACAAGACUUUUAGGUGUUACAAGAUUUUAUAGUUUAUGUUUUAUAUCACAAUGCAAAGAACUCAUACAUUACUUAGAUUAUAUAAAUAAUGCAGAAUCAGAUAUUAUAAAACCAAGUUGUGUAUAUUUCAACUAUAAGCUAAAGGUCUUGUUAAAAUAUUAUAAAUCUCCUAAAAAAAUUAAUGAUGCUUACGAUAUUAUGAUAAAUACAGGAUCCACAAGAAGCAGUGCAAUUGUAUCUAAUAUAUGUAAGGGUAAACAUGUAGAUCUUGAUGAUGGUACAUUUUUCAUAUUGGAUAAGCUGAAUAAACUAUAUCACAUCGUUAAAAAUAAAAUUGAUGUGUUCCCCUUUAGUAGUGAUUGUUAUAAUAUAUAUAUGGAUCUGUCAAAUAUAUGUGAUAAAGGAAAAAACGUAAGUUUUCAUGAAUUACUAAACGAUUUUAAACAUAAGUAUAUAAAACAUGAACAAGUUGUAAUAGCUCAACUAGGAGUCCAUGAAGUCCUACAUUACACAUUUGGGAAACAUGAACGCAUCAUUAUUUUAGUUUUGUGUAUCAUACCUGUUACAAUAAUAAUGAUUACUUUCUUUAUGUACAAGUUUAAAUAUAAAUAUAAUACUUAUGGUUCAUUUUUACAACUAGUUCUAAUUAAGUUAAGGAGAAUAUUAAACAGAAAAAAGGAAGAUUAUCUCAUCAUAGUGAAUUCAUUUGAAGAGACAUACAAUGAGUUCAUUCGUAACGAAUAUCACAUAUCAAAUUCCUCAUUAGACUGCCCUUAA